AUGUUAUGCUUGCAAUCAUUAUAUUAUACUAUUUCUAGUAUAACAAUUUUUAUUUUUUUUACUAUUAUAAAUUUUUCUAGAAAUUUGUCUUACAUUUUUAAUACAAAAUCUUAUUUUAAUGGAGAUCAUGCUUUAUUUUACAUAUUUUUUAUAAAUAUAUUAAAUUCCAUUAUAAUGUCUUACCCUAUUAAACUUAUUGUCAAAAGAGCAAAAAAGUGUUUAGACUACGUUUUAUCUUAUAAUAUAAUACAUUUUAUUUUAUCUGUUUUAGUAUCAGGGUUUCCAAUAUCAUGGUUGUGGUAUAUCAGUUUUUUUUUUAAUAUUAUCUUAUGUGUACUAAUUAGUGAAUAUAUAUGUUACAAAGAAGAAAUGAAAGAAAUUAACAUAAAUAAUAUUAAAAUAUAA